UUUGGACGGACGUCCCGCCCUCUGGUGUUUCCUGGCUGAGGUGGGUCGGUAAUAGACAUGGCGGCUUCGACUGACGUGCAGCGGUUACAGGCCCGAGUGGAAGAGCUGGAGCGCUGGGUGUACGGGCCGGGCGGGGCGCGCGGCUCGCGGAAGGUGGCUGAUGGCUUGGUUAAGGUACAAGUGGCUUUAGGGAACAUCGCCAGCAAGAGGGAGAGGGUGAAGAUUCUGUACAAAAAGAUUGAAGACUUGAUCAAAUACUUGGAUCCUGAGUACAUUGACCGCAUUGCCAUACCUGAUGCCUCUAAGCUGCAGUUCAUCCUAGCAGAGGAACAGUUUAUCCUCUCCCAGGUUGCACUCCUGGAGCAGGUGGAUGCGUUGGUGCCCAUGCUGGACAGUGCUCACAUUAAAGCCGUUCCUGAGCAUGCCGCCCGCCUGCAGCACUUGGCCCAGAUCCACAUCCAGCAGCAGGCUCUAUGGAGAGUGAGGGUUCCUCAUGAGGCAGGAAAGUCAGUGGAAGCUAGGGGCUUUGCCCAGCUCCCUUCUCGGCCACACUUUGGCUGUGCAGGACCAGUGUAUGGAGAUCACUGAGGAGUCCAAAGCUCUCCUGGAGGAAUACAACAAGACUACAAUGCUUCUCUCCAAGCAAUUUGUGCAGUGGGAUGAGCUACUUUGCCAGUUAGAGGCUGCCAAGCAAGUGAAGCCAGCAGAAGAAUGACAGCUGCUCCCAUCCCAGUAUGUGCCACAGCAGCCAGGUUCCGGGGCCCUGUGCCAAUCUGCCUUUGUAACAAGGCAGAGGUAGCUUUGUAUUUAUUGGAUUCAAGGCCCACUGUUCUCAGGUAGGGUUCUGAGGUUAGAGGUCAGGUUACCUGAGAUUUGUAAUUUACCACCCCCAUGAGUGUUCUCAUUCCAGUGACAAUAAAUCAUAGAGAUCACGGGA